CCUUGAGCCAUCUAGCCUUUAUACAUAUCUAUGGUUUAAACGGAAGCGGUUCGGUUCAUGUCGCGGUUUGAUGACGUAUUUCCAUGGUUGUUGUCAUGGCGCGUUUUCAAGCGCGGAAUCUGGUCGAGAUGCACGAACGUGAGAUGUCAGUGAGCAAAGAGAAUGUUGAUGAUGAUGAUGAUGAUGCACUCAGUGAUGUUGAGCCUCUUCCAGCAUCAACUCUUCAUCAGUCUUCUCUUCUUACUCGCUCAUGGCCGUCUUCUCCACUGUCAGCAUUGUCCUCAUCUCGUGAGGUCACCGCCCGCCUCUACAGUUCACUGCAGCAUAGCCGAAAGCAGGAGGUCAAAGGUCACACUGCUGCCAGAAUGAUGGCAGCCACGCCCCCUCUUCUCUCUCAUGGGCUGGAAGAGACACAGGAGGCGGGCUUCACUGCAGACUCCUCCUCCCGUGGAGUAAUUGGCUCUGGAUCACAGGAGGCGGGGUCAGAGGUGGAGUCAGAGGGUGAUGGCCUGUCACAAGCGAUGGACCUGGAAAAAAGAAACGGAUCAGCGCAAAUGACGAGUGGCAGGAUGCAUAUAGAGGAAAUGGAGAAUGUAAGGACACAUUUACAAUCUAUACUGAGAUCCAAACCAACAGCUGCACACAGACACGAGUUUAGGGCUCCUGUGUCCCAGCACCUCCUGAAUGACUCACAUGACAGCGACUCGACCUCACACCUGCUCAGUGCUGCCGUGUCUCUGGAUGAGUUGUUUCCUCGAUAUUCUCGACUUGUGGACACAAACUCCAGUGUGUCAGAGUUGCAGAUGUUGAGAGAGAGUCUGGAGAGAGAGCGAUCACAGCGUAAGGUGUGUGAGCAGCAGGUGUCGUCUCUUCAGAAUAAAGUUCUUCUGGUUCAGCAACAGUUUACACUCGCUGUAGCUGCUGACCGCAAGAAAGACAUCAUGAUCGAACAACUUGACAAGAUGCUGGUAAAAGUGGUGGAGGGCUGGAGGAGACAUGAUCAGGACCGAAGUGAGGAGAUGAAAGUCCUGCAGGAGGAGAAGCAGAAAGCAGAGCGAACACUUCAUAAACAGAGAGAGACUCUCUCUUGUGUGGAAGAAACUCUCAAGAAAGAACAGAAACACAACCAAGAGUUGCAGGACACCAACACACAACUGGAGCAGCAGGUGUCAGAGCUGCGAGUGUGUGUAGAUAAUCUCCAGCGCUCAGAGCAGAAACUCAACAAUGAUGUGAAAAGAGAGAAAGAGAAACUUCUGACACUCCAAACUGAGUCCCACAACAAACACACACUUCUGGAAAAACACAACCAAGAACUCCAGAGACAGAUCACACAAAACACACAAGAGCUGGAGAGAGAGAGAUCUCAGGUGAAACAGGAAGUGAUUGUGCGUGAAGAAGCCCAAAGCAGAGCACAGCAGCUGCUGAAAGAUCUGGAAGAGACCAGACGAGACCGAGACAGUCUGAGAUUGGACCGAGCUGUCGAGCAGACACGAUUUGAGUCACUGAAGUCACAGAUGGAGGCGGAGUUUCGAUUGUCAGUGGAGCAGAAACUCAAUGAUCAACUGUCAGUCAUACAGGAGGAGAACAGAGUACACAACACACAACUGAGAGAACAACACAGGAAGCAGUUGUUGGAUCUGAGUGCGAGACACGAGCGAGAUUUAUCAUCACAGCUGGAUCAGUUCAGAACACAGUUACAGGAGAAAGACCUCAAACUACAACAUCUUACACAUUAUUACCAGAACAAACUGUCAGAGAUGCAGGAGGAGUUGGUUUCCAUGGCAGCAUUAAAAAAGAGGCUUGAGACGCAGAGGGAGGAGCUUGUGUCUCGGCUUCAGGGAAUGAUGCGCUCUCAUUGGGCAGAGGCUUUACAGCUGUUGACCAAUCAAGAGCAGAUGGAGAGUGUGUUUGUACCUUCUAAAAUCAGCUGUUCUCUGCAAGAUACAUUGAAAAGUGAAACACACCUGCCAGUUACACAGGCGGUAGUUCUGAAUCUGUCCAGAGAGAGAGAGAGCGAGCGAGAGACACAUGGACAAGCACAGUUUCAUUCUGAUUUGUGGAAUUGCAGUAAUUCAUUUACACCUCUGGAACCUGUGCUGGACAACACUCAUCUGACAGCUCUCAGUGACUGCAGUGCAUUGUGGGUCAGGCCUGCGAUUGCAGAAGAAAGAGAGAACAGCGCAGAGAGAAAGAUGAAAGAGCCCAACACAACCCAACUGAACCAAAGCCAGGACCUUAACCCAAAUCUCAGUCGGUGUCAUCAAAAUCAUAGCAAAGUUGAUCAGAACCGAGAUGUAAAUCAGAGGCAAAGAUUAAGCCACGCCUUCACAGAGUCACGGUCCAAUCACAGCUCUAGCUCAGAUAGUGGGCUGGGCAGAGGCGUUGCUUCUGUAGUGUUGUACGGUAGUGAAUCAGAGAAGGCUCCACCCAUCAAAGAGGAAGCCCCGCCCAGCAAGAUGGACGUUUCCUCUUCUAAUGAAGACAGACAGAGUGAGCUGCAGUAUUAUGUAUCAAAGUUACUGGAGCGUUCCCCUGGAGACCCAGUAGAGGAACCAAUCAGAGAGCAGCGGGCAGCUGAUGUCACUCACCAACUAUACACUACACAACAACUGCAGGAUAGUUUCAGCAGGUCUGUUAAAGGUGGAGUAACCACAGUACAAUCAAACCUGGAACACAAAUCAGAUGAGCAGACCGAGUUGACUGUGUCAUCUCAGCGUGGUGCUCAUCGUGUGGUCCAGAGCAGAAGAACUUUAGGACACAGAGGCGGAGCUCAGCGAGUCUGGAGAUGAUUUUACUUGUUUCAUUUAUUCAUGUUUUAUAAGAUUUCAAAUAAAAACUCUUUACUGCAUUUUAAA